ACGGCGAGUGCACAACAACGCGAGCAGGAGCAUCCUAAGGGGUGCUGAUGGAAAGACCGUGGGCGGAGCUGGGGUCUGGGAGCCGAGGGCCGCACGGGGGAGGUGUCGGGGCUCAGGGCCCAGGAGCUGGGCACUCAGAGCUGAGCUGCCAUUCAGAGCAGGUGCUGGGCUUCCGUGGGGCCACUGGGUUCUUCCUUUGUAGACCUACUGGGGUUUACUUCCUUCUCUCCCUCCCCCACUGUGCUUACUCCCGUUUCUUUUUCUAUCAUUUUAUCCCUGAGUGUAUCCGUUUAUGUCCUUCAAAAAAAAAAAAAAAGUAACUUCAGGAUCAUCGGCACAGUUGGCAUUCAUGGUAACCGUUUAAUGUCGCCUUUCGGACUGUCAAUCACGUUUCAAGGCAGGCUCUGUAGCAGGGCUGCCAUGGGUCCCAGGAGGGCGGGAGUCCCCGAUUCCUUAGCAGGGCCAGAACGACCCUGUGUUCUCUGCAUGUUAGGAGCCGAAUGCUAGUGGCUGGCACCUGCGGGCGCUUGUGGUGUGCCCGACCCGGUGCAAGUCCUUAGCAUGUGUCACUCUGGGGAUGCACCCAGGACACUGCUGGUGGAACCCUCCCCUCCAGACCAAGCCCCACACACAGAGAGGUUGUGCGACCUGCCUGAAGCCACCCAGCAGAGAGGGAGCACCUGGGGUGGAGUGUUUGCUUGGCCCUUCCCGUGGCCCUUCGUCUUGUCUGGCGAUUUCCCGCCUUCCCAGCGUCUCAUCUGUUGAAUGGCGCCUGUGUCAGAGCACGCUCCCAGUUUUAAACCCUUAGCUGAGUCUUUUUUUCUAAAUGAAAAAGUCCUCCUGGCGAAACUGCCCUCUGGGCCCAGCUCUUGCCUUGGUUCCCUGGAGCUCCCUGCAGCUUCGUGGCUGAGUUGAGGAUGGAGGUCAAAGGUCCUGCAGUCAGAUGGGGAAACUGAGGUUAGGGGAGGGGAGCAAGGUCUUAUCCCAGGGCACAAGCUGAUGAGGCUGGCCUGUUGGCUCAUGGGCAGCGCUGGGGGCCUGGCCCUUGGAGUGGUCCUAGGGACGGCUAGGGGUGGGGGUCGGAGGAGACACCAGGCAACAGGGAACUUGGUUUCAGGUGCAGAAUAUUCAUCCUCAUCACCAACCUGGAUUAACACACAGCCGACUGUGGCCACUGGGCAGGGACAAAGGUCCAGAGAGGUGGGCCUGCCAUAGCCGUGUUUUGUUGACUCUCCUUGAACACUGGAAGCAGCAUGGCCUUUGGCUUCCCUGUUUCCUCUCUGCCAGUGUCCUUUGAGCCCCUCCUGGGCACCAGGUGCCUCGCCCGGCACUAGGGACCCGGCAGAGACAUGGCGCGCACUGUCUAGCCGGGAGACAGGUGUUCGCUGGAGCUUUGCGAAGCGCCGCCACCGGCACGGCCCGGCCAGCAUGGUGGACCACUUGCUUCCAGUGGGCGAGAACUCGGGUGACAGGCUGGCUGGCCGUGGGGCCUACCACAUGCUGCCCUCACCCCUCUCGGAAGACGACAGCGACGCCUCUAGCCCCUGCUCCUGUGCCAGCCCGGACUCGCAGGCCCUGUGCUCCUGCUACAGUGGAGGCCUGGGCACUGAGGGCCAGGACAGUAUCUUGGACUUCUUGCUGUCCCAAGCCACACUGGGCAGCAGCGGCGGCGGUGGCAGCAUCGGGGCCAGCAGUGGCCCUGUGGCCUGGGGGUCGUGGCGCAGGGCACCGGCACCUGGGAAGGGGGAGCACUUCUGCUUCCCCGAGUUUCCCGUGGGUGACCCCGAUGACGCCGCCAGGCCCUUCCAGCCCACCCUGGAAGAAAUCGAAGAGUUUCUGGAGGAGAACAUGGAGCCAGGAGCCAAAGAAACCGCGGAGAGCAGCAGCAAGGACUUGGAGGCCAGUGGGGAGCUCCCCGUCGGGCCACACCGGAGCCACCUCCAUUCUGGCUCCGGCGGGAGAGAGCGCUGUCCUCCUCCACCAGGUACUGCCGGUGUGGGCGGCGCCCAGAGCCCAGGCGGGGGGCCGGCGUCCGACGGCCCCAUCCCGGUGCUGCUGCAGAUCCAACCGGUGCCCGUGAAGCAGGAAUCAGGCACAGGGCCGGCCUCCCCGGGCCAGGCCCCGGAGAACGUCAAGGUGGCCCAGCUCCUGGUCAACAUCCAGGGACAGACCUUUGCGCUUGUGCCGCAGGUGGUACCCUCUUCCAACCUGAACCUCCCCUCGAAGUUCGUGCGCAUAGCCCCCGUGCCCAUUGCGGCCAAGCCCAUCGGGUCAGGACCUCUGGGGCCCGGCCCUGCUGGCCUCCUCGUGGGUCAGAAGUUCCCCAAGAACCCAGCAGCGGAACUCAUCAAAAUGCACAAAUGUACUUUCCCCGGGUGCAGCAAGAUGUACACCAAAAGCAGUCACCUCAAAGCCCACCUGCGCCGGCACACAGGCGAGAAGCCCUUCGCCUGCACCUGGCCGGGCUGUGGCUGGAGGUCAGUAUGCUGCGGGGCAGGCCUGGGCGGGCAGCAAGCCCUUGCCCCCAGCUACCAGCUGGGGUCUGUGUCCAAAGCCGUUCUAGCCACCGUUAGGGGAAGCCGAUCGGGAAGGGGCGUGAGGGUGCAGCUGGGAGGUCAGGGCCAGAGCUGGCACAGCUGCCCAGGGGCUUCUGUGUCACUUUUGCUGACUCAGGCCGGGAGCCGGCUGGGCUCCGGUUUCCUAACGAUCAGGUAAGGCUUGUGGGACCCUGUGCAGCCCGCUGGGGAGGUCUCCCGGUGCAGGGUGAGGGUAGAGGCCUGGCCGCGGCACUCAGGCGACCACUGAGAACGAUGGAGAGGCUGUGGGCCAGCACCCACGGGGUAAGUACCGCCGGCCCUCCCGCUUCUGUCCCAGGGCGCUGAGGAACUUGGCCCUGCUCGCUGCUUUGUGGAAGGGGUCCGAUUAGAGAGGUCACAUCCUGAAGAUGCUGCCUCCCCACAUGCUGGGGUGAGCUUCCUUUCCCGGGGUCUUUGGGCCGCAUGCACCGGGCCUGGCACUCGCUUCCUCCCUGGGGACCCAGUGGUGUGCUGGGGAGACCACAGAGGCCAACCAAGGAGGAGGACCUGGGUGCCUGGCCAAGGUGGCAAAUUCCUCUAAGGGCUUUGCUCUACACGAACAGAGAAACCAGCCCUCCGCGGGGGAGGGGCUUGCAUGGCUACCUGGCCCUUGGGUGGUCAGUAGCAUCCCCGUGGCCCCCGAGGCCACUCACCAUCUUUGGUGAGAUGCAGGCAGCCUACCAUGAGCUCCCAUGCCGCUACGGGUGGAAUCCGUGGCCUGCCUGGGAGGGCCACAGGUGCCAUCAGCACAGCCUUGCUCCCUGCUGCCGUGGCUGCCACUGUAUGUGUCGGGAUGUGGGUGUGCGUGCGUGAGCCUGCAUGCAGGCCUGGAGCCGUGUGUAUGUGCGCGCACGCGUGUGCACAUCUUGCUUUCGUCCUGUAUGAGCCGCGUGACGCCCUGUGCUUGUGCACAUUGUGGUUGUGUGUGCAUGUGUGCAAGUGUGGGUGUGGGUGUGGCACACAAGCAGCUGCUUGUAGCUUCUGUUUGCUUGGCUGGGCUCUGGUUCUGAGAGGCACUGGAGUGGGCCUGAGGCAGGGGUGCUGGCUGGCCGAGGUGGCACCGGUGAGCUGCUUAGGGAAUGCAGGCUGUGACACUGACAAUCCCAUUCCAUGGAGCAGACCAGACAAGGCCUUUUCCCUACGUGAAUAAGGGCAGCACUGCCUCGUGCCCGGCCAGACAGGAGAGCCCCCAGCGUCCUGCUGAGCGGCACCCCCUGACCUGUCCUAUGGGUGCGGGUGCCAGGCUGCUUGUGAGGCAGGACACAGGAGUGGGUGCACCAUGUGGGUGGCGGAGCUGAGACGGACAGAGGGGCCCCAGAGGCAUGCCUUGAAUGGUGGUGCCUUGAGUGGGGAAGGCAGUGGGCUUAAGCCCACCCCUGUGUCAGCCCCCAGCUCGCCCAGUGCCCCCGGGCAUUGCACCUGCCAAGUGUCGGUUCCCUCAGCUGCACCGUGGAAGCCAGCGCUGCGCGGCUCAGGGUCAGUGUGCAGGGUGCUCUGGCACUGGCCUGGCUCCCCGAGGGCAGCGGCCUAUCUCGCUGAGGGCGGGCAGGGACCAUGUAGGUGUCAGGCAGCUGCUCACCAGGUAGCCUCUCUCCAUGGCACCCAUCCUGACUCAGCACGGUCUCACCUUUCCAGGUGCUACCCCCCCCCCACCAGCUCCUGCAGUGGGGGCAGGGAGGGCAGGCUGCAGGGGAGACCUUGAUCCUUGGUCAAGGCCGCCCACUCUGCCCCCUCCUCCAGCGGGAGGCAGGUCUGCCUUCUUCCCAACUGUCCUGCAGGCCACAGAGCAGACAGGACUCAGCCCAGAGGGUGGCUCUGCCCUCCACACAGUGGCUACAGGAGGGAGUGAGCUCCCCGUGGCAAGAGGGGUACAAGGGAAGAGUUGUGGAGGAGAUUCAGCUCUGAUGGCGGUGGUCUCCUUGCCCAGGACCCAGUUGGUAGGGGACGAGGCAGGGCGUACCUGGCAUGGUGAGGUCACCUCAGUGCCGGCCCAGGGAGCUGGCCCAAGGCCCCCGGAGCACAGCUGGCCUUUAUGCAGUCACAUCUGGCCGGGCAGUGUCUGGCCAGGAGCCGAGGGCACCUGUUUCCUGGGAGGGCUGUUUCCCAGAGGACACAAGAAAGGCCCAGCGCGAGGAUCCUGCACCUAUGGGCGUGCAUGGCCAGUGCUCUUUCCCGUCCACGUGGCCGUUGUCUGCACCAGCUGGUCCAAGGGUGGGAGACCCUGCAGCUCCAGGCAGCAGGCUGGGGAGGAUGGACCCAGCUUUGGGGCAGCUCAGUCUGCACAGGACUGGAUAAGCGACGUGGACACCUUAGGUUGACUGACCGGUUACUGUAUGCCAGGCAUCAGGGUCAGCUCUUAGAGCUGGAUUCCCCCCCACCUGAUGCCCUCAUUGAAUGCCUCCAGUGAUGGGGAGCUCAUCACCUCUGUAAGUGCACUUGACACCCUUAAAUUCCUAUCCAGACUUCAGACCCCAGGCCCACACAGUCUGCUUGCCUGCCUCUUCCCUUCUCUGAGUGAGAACUACCCCCACCAGCCCCCUCUCUGCUGCUCGGGCUCCCUCUUGCACACGGGCCCUGUGUGUGCCCCCUGUCCCCAAGGCCACCCUCCUCCUGCAGCACCUGGGCCAAUGGCUUAGAUUUUUGCUUCUGCAACAGCCCCGUCUGUGUCCUGCCCACAUCCACGUGCGUUAGCCCCGGGAGCCCUCUCGCAGUGCCGUCUGGUGUGGGCACCGGUGCCCAACUGACAGCAGCAAAACCCAGCUCGUGACAGUCAUACCACUUGCCCUGGCAGACACGGCUGGUGUCUGUGAGCUUGAGGUGCACCCCCAGAUGGGUGCCUCAGCGCCUCUCCCACCCUGGGCUGUUGGCUUCUCUGGGUGCUGUGUUUCUGGGCUAGGGGAGGAACUCAGAGUAGCAGGUGUGAUGCCAGCAGGAGCCCUGGUGCCCGCGGGUGCUGUUCUGAGCCUGCAUGGAUGUUGCCCCAUUCAAUUUUCACGGUGGCUCUGUAAGACUGGCACCGGGUGUGGGCCUCGUUUCCUAGUGGAGGAAACUGAGGCACAGCACAGCUGAGCAAGCCCUCCGUGGUCACACAGCAAAUAGUGGCAGAACCUGCAGUUCAGCUGGGGCUUCCUGUCACCCCCACUCCCAGCCUCAGCAGCCUCGCCCCGGCCCCCUCUACACACCUGUGGGUGGAGGGUGGCGUGCUUAGCAUUGGGAGGACCGCCCGUUCCCUGCGGCAUAGCCUGUCUGCACACUGCAUGGGGGCUUUCCACAUUCCGUGGCCUCUGCUGCUCUUCCCCGUGGCCCUGGUGGGCCGGCGCUGCCCUGGCGAGGUGCCCCUAGGACAAGCCCGCGUGCCCUCCCUCCCCCUGCGCCGGCUGUCCCUUGCCCCGGUGCUCAGCCCCUGCUGCCUGCUGCUGUUGUCCUGGACCCAGGUUCCCCAUCCCGUCUGCGGGGCUGGAACGCAGCUCGCCCUAGGCUGGCCUGGCCAUCCGGGAAGCGCCCAAGCCUGCCUUCUAGGAAGCUUCCUUGCCUUCCCGUCCGACACAGGUCUGCUUUGUUCUCGCAGCAGAACAUCCUGUUCUGGAAUGGCCAAGCUGCGCACCACAGAAGGAAUCCCUUUUUUCAUAGCUAUCAGCAGCGAGCGCGGCCAUCAACUGCAGUGGACGUGCGAGGCCCAGGGAAUGGGGAAGUUACGAGUCUGAGGUCGCAGACCUCAGCAUUCAAACCCGAUGGCCUGGCUCCCAGCCUCCUUUCUGGAGCCCUGCAUUGCUGCUGCCCCUAUAUAUUCAGGCAUUUUCUGACCACAUCCUCGCAGGAGGCAGAAGCUCCGGGUGUGGCUGGGCAGGUUGUACACUGCGCAAAUGUAGGGAGCACCAUCCACAUCGCAGUCCCUGUGACUGUAUGACUUGCCGGUGGGUGGUGGGUGAGUGUCUCAAGGAAGGGGCACCUUCACACGGAGGUGCUGGCGUGACCAGGCGCCCUGCACGUCCCAGCUCUGCAAGUCGGCAGGGUGAACCAGGCCCCGGCCCUGUGCUGAGCUCCAGGCUGGUCGCGAGCUCGUGGCCCCUCAGUCUGGGCUCCUGACUCGCUGCCCUGUGCAGUCUCACAGUCGUGGGCAUGCAUCCCUUCUGCAGAAGGGGAAACUGAGGCUUCGCUUACUCCUACAGACGAUGCCCCUGGUGCAGCGCAGACCCCUGUGUAGGCUGCGGUCUGGGAGGACGUGGUACACGGGGACAAGGCAGGGGCCUUCUGAGAGCUCUCUUCCCAGGGACAGUGCCCUCGGGCGCCAGCACAGGCAGGGGCUCAGGGUGCAGAUCAACCUGGUCUGUGGCCUGGCGAGUCUCCCUCGCCACCUGUCCUGCCCGGGAUGGCACCGUGACCACAGGGCAGCUGUGGCUCCCUGCCACUGCUUUUAGCCUCCAAGAAGUCCUGGAAGACAGGCGGGAUCCCCGGGGUUGUGGCUGGCCGAGGGAGGAAGCUGAGGCCCGGGACGUCUCCACGGUUUGUGCAGGAUCAUACAGGGCACCCGGUGUGGGUGGGGACAGCCAAGGCCAGGACCGAGAGCAGGGCCCCGCAGGCUGUGUGACUCUGGCCUCUUUGAGCACUUGCCACCGUCUUGCCUGCAGCGCUCAUCAGCUUGGGAGCUGUGUGCCCCACUGCAGCUGGGGGCAGCUGGCCCUGGCCCUGGGACACGGGCUGGGGCUCUGGGUGCCAGGGCACAGGAACCCUGUUUCCGCCCCGGUGACACCCAGCGCCCAGCAAGGUGGAGAGGGCCAGGGCAUCUGCUCUCACCAGGGCGAGCAGGACCGGGAAGGCUGCAGCAGGGGCUGGGCCGACACCUUUGCUCCGGCCUCCGGCAGCUUCGUGUUGCUAGUGACCCUGAUGGGUCAAGGCCUCAUCACGCUGGGCCUCAGUGCCCUCAGCUGGCCCACGGGACAGCUGGACUUCACUGUCCACCCUCGAGGAUGCACGUUGGAGUGCUGGGCGCCAGGUGCAGAGUCUGCUGUCUGGGAGCAGGACUGUGGCGCCUCCUUGCCCCGUGCGUUUCCUGCUGGGUCCCCCAGCUCACCCCAGGCUGUGGGGUCGAGGCCUCCAUCCACAGGGUCAAGGUAGAGCAGCCAGUAGCCCCCUCCCAUUGGCUGGGUCAUGGGUACCAGGCGGGUACUAACCUGCCUCUCUCCUUGUGGCCAGGGGUCCAGGAACAGGUGUCGGGCCUGAUGCUUCUGCGUGCGUGCGUGUGUGUGCAGGAGAGCUGUGUAGGUGUGAAUCAGCAAUUGUGUAUGCACGUGUGUGCGCACCGAGACUGCCCGCCCCCAUGACGGCUCUCGGUUCUUCUGGGGGUGCCUGCUCUACCCUCUCUUCCGCUGUAAUUACUGAGCACCCAGCAAGGACCCUACACAGGGCUGGUCACGGGGGGAGACGACAGGGACCCAGACAGGCUCAUCCUUCCUUGUGGGACAGACGGACAGUCGUUAAAAGUUGGAGCUAACUUAAACCUGCACAGUGGCGAGAACAAGGAAAGAGACACGUGAUGCCAUGGGAGUCUCGAAUGAGAUGCAGUGCUGGAGGGCUUUCUGGAAGAAGGGACGUUUCAACUGAGCUCUAAGGAAUGGGCAGGAGAGAAUGGGAGCGGGAACAGGAUGUGCAAGUAUCCUGUGGUAAAAGGGACCAAGGAUGGUCUGUGUUGGUUGAGCACAGGGAGGAGGCAACGAUGUGUGCUGGUGGACAGUGGCCUGGGCAGGCUGGGAGGGGUCUGGCAGCCAGGACAGGGUCAGAUGGGCAGAGCCUCAGACCAUGAAGCCAGGCCGCCCGGGUGCCUUGAUCCAACUCUGACCCUUGUGUGUCCUCUGGGCACCUGCCUGCAGGCCGUCAGGGGAGCCCUCCCCCCAUAGAAGGGCAUUUUGCAGGCGUGCACUUUGGUUUGGGGGAGUCUUAGGGGACCCAGCUUCCAGGACCAGGGUCCAGGAGUGAGGUGGGCUCGGGUCAGAGGACUCCCUGCCCCCACCUCCCUGCUUGGAGCAAAACGAGAACCCCGGGCCCACUGUGGUUCUUGGGGAGGCCCCUUCCUUCUCCAAGCCCCCCUCCCCCGAGAACGCCCCUCCUCAGAUGCCCCUGGGGAACGCUGGUCCAAGGGGGCGGGCAGGCCCGUGGCCUCUGAAGCCCCGGCAGAGUGGCCAGGUAAGUCCUGGGCUCUGGUUGACCAGCUGCCCAGGGAAGGCCCUGCGCCUUGAGCGUGGACCCCCGCGGGGCCGGCAGGAAGCCCUGGCUUUAUGCUUCUCAGCUCCUUGGAAGGCGACUUCUCCCAGCAGAUCGGAAGUGACUGGAUCCCUUAAGAACCGGACAGCCCGCGCUCGCUCCCCGCGCGCUGCGGAGGAGGCUGCGGAGCUGCUGGGUGGGCGCCGGCCGGGCGGGGCCUCGCUGACCGCCCUGUCCCGUAGGUUCUCGCGCUCCGACGAGCUGUCGCGGCACCGGCGCUCGCACUCCGGCGUGAAGCCCUACCAGUGUCCCGUGUGCGAGAAGAAGUUCGCGCG